GCAGAGGGUCGAAGAGGGUGAGAAGUCACGGGAAAGUGGAAUUAUUUUUAGCUCGGUGUGCGUUCGCAUCGUGCCAGAAAAAAGUGCCGUGGAAACGUCCGUGGAUCGAGAUGAAAAGAUACUCGUCGGCACCCUGUUUGGCGGAUGGACACGACGACAACAAAAAGAUCAAGUCCAUGGAGGAGCCAAACGCGAGGGAGUAUCUGCAGUUGGCGCUGGCUAGAGUCCUGGAACUUCAACGAGAGAUCAAAGAAGGAACUUACGUGACGGAUCACACUAGCGAUCUCGAGGAAUCCAGCAGCGAGGAGGACCUGACGAAGGAAGUUCUGCGAAAAGUGUUCGAGAAUUUGCCAGGCACGCCGGAUUCCGUUGGGACCAUCAUCGACAGAGCGUCCAGGCCGAGGAAUGCUCAGCUCGAAGCGAUUCAUGGUAAGAAGAUUCAACUUCUGGGUUACGAUACCUGUCGCAAAACCGCGGUGGAGUUCAUGAAGAACGCGGUACACGAAACGAGGAAGAAUGCCUCGUCGAAGACGAUCUAUCCUGGCUUUCGUCUGGGCAUUUAUUCGAGAAACGAGCCCAGAAUGGCGCAGCGUAAAACUGGUCUGUUAAACAAUCAGAAAAAGGAGAUUGGCUACGACCAAGAAAUCCGGGACAGGAUGCUGAGAAGCUUGGACCUUCAUUUGGCCAGCAAACAAAGAGACUACACCGCCAAUUUGAUGAGGUCGGGAAUCUAGCUUAAAAAGUCUUUGGAAUACCAAUUAAUUUAAUCGAGUAAUAACCGUCACUGUGUUUAAAAGAAACUAAGCUAGUCCGCGGAUCUUCGACGAGAGCUCGAGCUAUUUAUUAACAAUUGAUCUAGUCAGGGUCGUGGCUGCCUCAAGAAUCGCUCUAGUCAUGCACACGAGUCACAGAGAAACGAACAAAUUAUUUUUCUACGAUACAAGUAUACGCGAAUGUAAGACACUGAUGGAAAUUAAAUUAUUUACGUGCACGAUGGUUUCUGUACGAUGCGCGAAAUAUGUACGAUUAUUUCACCCUCUGAACGAUCUUCCAGGAGAAUAACAGAUAGUCGGUGGUUCUGUAAAAAACGUUUAUUCAUAAUGUACAAUUAAAAAAGAAAACAAAAGCCUAUGAAAGUAUCUACGAUACGACUUAAACGUCUAAAAGCUCCGCGAACCUCCGUUCUCGUUUUUCUCUCGAGCGGUACAAAAAAAUAUCAGAAGGCUCGCCAAUGAAUUCGAUACUCGACUAGUUGAAUUCGACUUUUGUCAAAUUUCUCAGGGAGAAACAAUGCCUGUUAAAUUAAAUCGUCCUUUUUAUCUCUCUUCCUAAUAAUUCGACUGUUUCCUCGCUCGUGUAUUUUAGUUUUUUCUUCUUUUAUUCUUUCUCUGAUCACAUGUAUUCGCGAGACCGUCGAACGGGUUUAGGUCCUCGAGGACGUUCGCGUUACGGCUAAUGAAUUAUUAUGCACAUUUAUGCGGCCUACGAGAUAGCUAACCUAAUCGUAACGCAGCAGGACAUCGACGGAAAAUAAGGCGUCUUUCUCGUUGAAACGUUUGUUUAAAACUCGGCGAGGAAACCGUGGUUUUGAUCGAAAUCAGCCUUGAAAUCGCUCGAAAGUUACGGGUGAAUUUAAAUUACCAAUGACUCCGUCGAUUCUGUGCGCAAAAAUGCACAUUUUACGUCGUGUAAUCUAAAAUGUUUCCACUAAUCGUUACUUUUCUCCGAACAUUGAUAUCGUCGAUUCAAUUAUCAGUCCUUUUUUUUUUAUCGCUGCGCUAAACUAUCUUAUCUUAGUCAUUUCUAGAGGCAACCAAAACAUUCGUCUCCCCUUUCAAAGUAUGAGCUGCAUUAAAUUUAUACAGAUAGGUCGUUAAUCCAGGAACUAACAAAUAACGAAA